CCGCUGCCUGAAUAAAUGGAAGCCGAUCCAGCGGAGACGCACUUCACUGAGGUCAAGCCCGGCUGCUCCCGUCUCCCGCACCCACAGUACCGCCUCUCCGUCUCGCCAUCUCUUCCCGCCAUGAGUCUGCGGACCAAGCGCAUCAGCUCCAACGGUCUGAGGACCGUUAGCAAACCCAGCGGUUACGGCGGCUUCGGCGGCGUCUCCUCCUCGAGCGGCUUUACGGGGUUCAGCGGCAGUUCUGCCUACUCCGGGCAGUCCAUCAGCUCCGUGAGCAUCAACCGCAGUCUUCUGGCGCCCCUCAACCUGGAGAUCGACCCCAGCAUCCAGAUCAUCCGCACCCAGGAGAAGGAUCAGAUCAAGACCCUCAACAACCGCUUCGCCUGCUUUAUCGACAAGGUGCGCUUCCUGGAGCAGCAGAAUAAGAUGCUGGAGACCAAGUACGAGCUCCUGCGGAGCCAGACCUCCAGCCGCUCCAACGUGGAGCCGCUGUUCGAGGCCUACAUGGCCGGCCUGCGCCGCCACAUGGACAUCGCCAACAACGACAAAACCAAGCUGGAGGGGGAGCUGAGGAACACGCAGUGCCUGGUGGAGGACUUCAAGCACAAGUACGAGGAGGAGAUCAAUAAGAGGAACUGCCUGGAGAAUGAGUUUGUGGUGCUGAAGAAGGACGUGGACUCGGCGUACAUGAUGAGAGCCGAUCUGGAGGACAAGGUGGGGGGCCUGACGGAUGAGCACAACUUCCUGCGGGGCGCCUACGAAGAGGAGCUGCGUGAGAUGCAGGCCAGUAUCAAGGACACCUCAGUCAUCGUCCAGAUGGACAACUCGCGCAACCUGAACAUGGACCAGAUCGUGAGCGAGGUGAAGGCUCAGUACGAGGAGAUCGCAGCCAAGAGCCGGGAGGAGGCCGAGGCCUGGUACAAGAGCAAGUUCGACCAGAUGUCCUUCCAGGCGAGCCAGUACGCGGCCGAGAUGCGCAGCGCGAAGGCCGAGAUCGCGGAGCUGAACCGCGCGAUUGGCCGUCUGCAGAGCGAGAUCGAGGCGCACAAGAGCCAGCGCUUGAGCCUGGAGAGCCAGAUUGCCGAGGCAGAGGACCGCGGCGAGUUGGCGGUGAAGGAAGGGAAGGGGCGGAUCCGGGAGCUGGAGGACGCGCUCCAGAGGGCCAAGCAGGACAUGGCCCGCCAGCUCCGCGAGUACCAGGAGCUGAUGAACGUCAAGCUGGCCCUGGACAUCGAGAUCGCCACCUACAGGAAGCUGCUGGAAGGGGAGGAGGACAGGCUUGGGCAACAGGUGGUCUGUAACGUUCAAUCAGUGACCAGCUACGCAGGAUCCAAAUCUCUGAAUGGCCAUCAGCAGAGCAGCCCGGGUUCGAAGCUGCUGAUCAAAACCACUGAGACCCGCAACAACACCAGAUACAGCUCCUCCUAAGGGUCCGAUCAGCCCCUCCCUCCAAACGAGCCUGACUGCCCCACUGCUACCCUGCAGCCUUCAGCACGCCCUGGCCAAAGAGCCGCUGUUUCUUUCUGUCAUAGCUUUGAUUUAUUCAUCAGACACCAAUCAUGUUCUGUGCUAGUGUGAUUCAUGGGGUGGAUCUGGUCCUACUGGAGAUCCUGUGCAGCAGUGGGUCCCAAGCUCAGUCCUGGAGAUCUACCAUCCUGCAGGUUUUCAUUUCAACCCUAAUUUUGCACACCUGAUUCU